UGACUUUUCUCUCCCGAACUUUUACAGUACAGUACGACUUGUGACCACUCUGACUACGUCCUUGAGUGCACACUGCGUUAUCCAGAGUUCGUGAUCGACGAGAUGCCCAGCUGAGUGUGCAUGGCAGGUCAACUUCAGGCUCACUUCAGCACCGGCGUUGACUCAACCGAUGAGAGAAAGCCGUUCCGUGUCACUUUGAAAGCUGACUCGUAACGGUGGUCCCACCUAUGGCAUAUCAUGAGACUUUCUAAUUCUCUGCGGACCCGAGGUGACACUCCAUGUAGUCAUCUCCUCCCGGUCCGUCGUCCGCCAACUUCAAAAGCUUGUGUUAUCAUGGUACUGACAACUAAUGUACUAUCAUCCAUAUCGCCAAAACAGCACGAAUGGCUGAAACCCCAACCUACGAGCUCCUUCUCGUCAUCUUGAAGGCCGUUGCAGAUGACGUACAGAGCAGUGACCACGAGCUGAGCCUCGGUUGCGUGACACUCGCGAGUGUUUGUCGUAGAUGGCGGUCGCUGGUUCUCAGUACCUCUCGUUUCUGGACACGCAUGCAUAUGUCCAUACAGUCCAAGCUUGAUGCCUUUCCCAGGGAACAUCUCGAAAGAAAUGUGAAGAGAUCUGGGAAUGCGCUGGUUGAUGUUGUCAUACAUAUUGCGUGGCGACCUCACACUUGGAACCCGCAGGCCCAAGCCCAGACAAGAGCUAUCUUUGGCGAAGCCAAGAAGUGCCUCAGACUGCUGCGGGAGUGCAGCCACAAAUGGAGAAGCCUCAGAAUCAUCAAGGAGGGGAUCAGUCCCACAGACCUCUUCGAUUCGGUGCUGUCCGAGCUAGGCUUUCCUCUCGCACCUGCAUUGAAAAAGGUCGAGAUCAUUUCUGGCGACGGUGGUGACUGGGCCACUUUGGUGAAAGAACCCUUUCAGUUUCUAUCCAGCGCACUCACUCCUUCGCUGAAGACGUUGAUAUUGAAAGGAUGCGAAUUGAGGAUAUUACGGCACUUCGAUGCAUCAUCCCUAACACAUCUCAGUCUCAGCAAAUGUAGCGACACUUCAAGCAGUAUCAUCAUCUUUCGCAACCUCCUGUCAUCUGCACGCAAUCUCGUGUCUCUCGAGUUGUACCCACGCGUCGUUCUUGUAGGGCACUCAGAGAUGGACACCAUACUACGCCCCGUCAUACUCCCCAGUCUCCGAACCCUCAGCAUCAUUAUGGGCACAGAGAAGCCAUCAUAUCUCAGUGACAUCCUCAGGACCAUUGCCACUCCGAAUCUACAUCACCUCGCAGUCUAUGGUGACUCGCUGAUAUCAUGGGACGAAGACAGUCUCCCCGACUUCUCAUCGCCAGCAUUCUUCCUCCGGCGAGACCAGACAUCGAAGUUCCCGUCCAACAUACUCCAGUCAAUGCAUGGCCCCGGGAAAAACUUACGUUUCAUCUUCACUGCGUUCCCUCAAGUGACAGAAGUGGUAUUUGACCAUGACGUUCGGGAGAUUGCUGAUCAACUCGCACUGGAAUCAUACGACCAGACAGCGCUUCCGCCAUGGAGAUGCCUGCGGCAGGUGACGAUUGAGAUGUCCUCCAUGACGAAGUUCUGCUACCUCUCACACCUUUCUGAGAGGCUGCCACUGCCAGCGGUCGUCAUCCGCUACGAGCUUCAACGAAUUGAAGUGGCGAGAGACGCAAGAGAUUCGACGGCGAUUAAAAGAAUUGUGAAUGAUACAACAGGAUAUUGCGCAUCUGGUACGAGGGAGGUGGUCAAGCAGCUCGGAAAGCUGGGUGCGUUCGUGGAUCUGAGGGUUGAUUUGUGGACUGAGUGAAGCGUCUAUCGAUACACAUUCUUACUUUACCCCUCCAUGUACUGCACAAAGCAUAAGCAACCAGACAGUGGUUCGAC